AUGUCUGCUGCACCAAGGCGCACGGUGUCGACCUCUUCACGGCCCUCGCGACCGGCUGCUCAAUCGGAACUCCCGCAUCGCACGAGAAGCGUGGCCGUCCGAUCGUCCAACUCCUCCCAGCCCCCUCCACAGACUUACUAUGCGCAUUCGAAAACCCCUUCGCAUGAUCAUCGUCCACCGGCCAAUUAUGCCGCUCUGGAUACCAUAGCCCGCCAAGAUGCCGAAGCCAAGUCUCGCCGCGACCGUGAUGUCUCCGCUGAGCGUCCGGCCACUGCCCUGACCGAAUCUACCCGGAGACACCACCAAAGAACGUCCUCUAUGCAGCCGCGUGAGAAUGAGCUGGCCUCUGGAGAUAAUGCGCAAGCGCUCACAAGUGGAAAUCAUGCACAAGCCAACGCGCCUGCCCAGCCCAAGCGGCGGACGACAAUCACCACUCCUACUGGGAAUUGGGCGCUGGGCAAGACGAUUGGCGCUGGUAGCAUGGGUAAAGUGAAGUUGGCGAAGAAUAUAGAAACCGGAGAACAGGUCGCUGUCAAGAUCGUCCCUCGUUUAUCAACCGAAGAACACAAGUCAUCGCGCGAAACUGAACGAGCCGAUCGCUCAAAAGAGAUUCGGACCGCAAGAGAAGCGGCCAUUGUGUCCCUCGUGAACCACCCAUAUAUCUGUGGCAUGAGGGACGUGGUUCGGACCACGUAUCACUGGUAUAUGCUAUUCGAAUAUGUCAACGGUGGUCAAAUGCUGGACUACAUCAUCUCUCAUGGAAAGUUGAAGGAGAAACAGGCCCGCAAGUUUGCCCGGCAAAUCGCCAGUGCGCUCGAUUAUUCCCACCGCAACAGCAUCGUCCAUCGUGAUUUGAAGAUCGAGAACAUCCUGAUCAGCAAGACGGGUGAUAUCAAAAUCAUCGAUUUUGGUCUCAGCAACCUUUUUUCGCCUCGAAGCCUUCUCAAAACAUUCUGUGGAAGUCUGUACUUUGCGGCCCCGGAGCUGCUUCAGGCAAGACAGUACACGGGUCCGGAAGUGGAUGUGUGGAGCUUCGGCAUCGUCCUUUAUGUGUUGGUCUGCGGAAAGGUGCCAUUUGAUGAUCAAAGCAUGCCUCAGCUUCAUGCGAAGAUCAAGAAGGGUGUCGUGGAAUAUCCUCCUGGACUCACCACUGAAUGUCGCCACAUUAUUUCUCGCAUGCUUGUCACAGACCCGAAGCAGCGCGCCAGCUUGGCUGAAAUCAUGGCCCAUCCCUGGAUGAAUAAGGGCUUCAACGCUCCACCGGAGAAUUACCUUCCUGUUCGCGAACCUCUGCAGCUUCCAUUGGACCAGGAGGUGAUUGAGAAAAUGACCGGUUUCGAUUUCGGUCCCCCCGACUACAUCACAGCCCAGUUGACCAAGACGUUGGAGUCUGAGGAGUACCAGCAUGCGUUGCGCCUUAACUUCCGUGAACAGCCCAUCACCAACCAGGCGGAGAAGAAGCGUGGUGUGUUUGACUUUUACAAGCGACGCAACUCGGCUGCAAGUCGGGAUACCUUGUCCGCACCCUCGGCCGAGGCGAUUCAGUUGGGCAAUGACCCGUUGAACGCUUAUAGCCCGUUGAUAUCUGUUUACCAUCUUGUAAAGGAGAAGCUUGAUCGGGAACGUACCGAAGCCCGACCCGGUGCUCCUAGCCUCCGUCAGCCUGGUGAUGUACAAGUUCCCGAGCUGACCCCUCCGGCAGCUGCUCACACCAACCAGUACCAGUUGCCGGGCGAGAAAGACACUGGCCGUCGUUCUCGCCCUCGUGCCAGAACCCAUGGCGAAGACGAAGUGACGGAGACACUGACGAGCCACCAUGCUUCGUCUCCAUCCGCUCAUGCAGCCCCGAAUACAGCGCAACUGGACACUCCUUCCAAGAAAGAAAGUACCGCUGCUGGUAUUCUACGACGCUUCAGUACUCGCCGGGCCAAGGACCGCAGCCGCGACCUCGAUCGAGAGCGCAUCAGCACCCCCAACACCCCCAUCCUCAAUGUGCAACCCCCUGCCGAUUCAGCCUCACCGAUGCAUCGUGGCUUCAGUAUGCGGCGCACCCGACGGGCCGAGCCGUCUCCUGGCCCUAUCCCCCAUGGUGGUAGUCAGCCCCAGCAAGAUCUGCUCACUGCCCCGAGCUCUGGUGAGCAGUCUACGCAGUCAAACAAGUUCCUUGGUCGGUCUACCAGUGUCAACUCUGCCGACUACCGGACACGAAGAGCUGCUAGGAGGAACGAUGCCGAUACCUUGGAUGUCGACCGCCGACCCCCUUCAACGAGCGGCUCUGAUCAGAUCGCACCCGAGAACCAGCGAGACCAACUCGGCGUCAAGACUGGCGGACGCACGCAUACGGCACGAACCAUGUCGCUUGGCCAUGCCCGCCGUGAAAGCAUCCAGGCGCGUCGGGCUAGACGUGAAGCUACUCGAGAGGCCAACGUGCCAGAGGAGACGGACGCGGAUAUCUCGGGUGCAGGGACUGCCUUGGAAAGUGCCAAUGAGGGAGAGGACUUGUCCAAGCCGGUGUUUCUCAAGGGUCUCUUCAGUGUCUCAACCACCAGCAGCAAGCCUCUGUCCGUUAUCCGCGCUGAUAUCAUUCGCGUGCUGAAGCAGCUAGCCGUGGACUAUGUCGAAAUCAAGGGCGGAUUCAGCUGUCGACACGCUCCAAGCAUCGACCUCGAGAAGGUGAUUGAUGUCAGUCCACCCAGCCCGGAUCGCCAGGGCCAGGUAUCCCACCGUCGUCGGAUCAGCUUCGGCGGUCUUCUCGGGCACGACGACAGCCGAGAUGAUAGCCGCCCAGCACACCCCAAGUUGCAGCGCCGAACCCAGGGCCCACCAGAUCGCAGCUUCACCACAAACUCCGAUGCUUCGGACGAGUACGUCGCCCGUGAACCGCCUACGAGUACUACUGUUGGCGAUCGGGUGGUAGGUGAAACUACGACACGUGUGCAGAGCGACACGGGAGAGAACUUGAUCCUGCGGUUCGAGAUUCUCAUCGUCAAGGUUCCUCUGUUUUCACUGCAUGGAAUUCAGUUCAAGAAGGUCUCGGGCGGUAUGUGGCAGUACCGCGAGAUGGCGAAAAAGAUUCUCGAUGCUUUGCGACUGUGA